UCUUCACUCGCCUCCGCGAUGCUGCGAAUCGCGACAUAUCUCGUUGCAAGCUCGUCGUCUACGGCCUCGCGUGGGACACGACACGAGAACCCUUAGUCUCUGCCUUCGAGUCAUACUGCGAGAUUGAGGACUGCAACGUCAUCUUCGACCGGGUCAUGAACAAGACCAAGGGCUACAGCUUUGUUCAGUGCGAGCAACGGAGACGAAGAGUGAGAAGUUGGGAAAUGCUGAAGGGGCUGUUGAGGAAUUGUCUAGGGUCUACGCAAGAAGGCGCGGUGGAGAAGUUGGGCGAGCUGCAUAUUGAAGGGGGGUUGGCAGUUGAGCAGAACAUGGUGUCACGAGGCAUAGUGACUACCGACAACAAUGGUGUUGGGGUGUUCUCCGGCGAGGCAGAAGGGUGGCUGACGAUCGGUCCAUUUAAAAUGCCACGGACGACUGAUCCGGUGACAGCCAAGGAGAGCAUCUUGUUGAGGAAGGGAGCGCCAUCAACGGUCCAUGUUGUCUGGGAAGCUGGUUUGACUCUUAGUCAAGGUUCUCAGAAAUUUUACAAUGGGUUGGUUGAUAAUGGAGGGCCCCUCAUGUAUUCUUACCAUCAUGAGGGGGUGGGUGCCUUGUCCAAGUAGGUCAUGAUGGUGGAAGGACAGCAUGUUUCUAGAAGUUUAGGGCUCAAUUUGUAUUCUCUUGUGGAGCCCAAUGGUAUAGACCCAAAGAUCUUAAAUAUUGAUGGGAAUUUGGGCAUGAAAGUUAUCUACAGAGGAUUGGUUGUUAUUGUUCUAAGAAACUUGAAGAUGACAAUUAUACCACGCACUGCUCAGGGGCAUGGUUGGCUAAGACCUGCAAUUGGUGUUCUUGAGCUUUCUCAAGCUAUUAUCCAGGCUGUUCCUCUCAGUGCAAGGAAGGCAGUUGGGGGAUCUAGCGAAGGCAUUGCACCUUUUCUGCAGCUGCCUCAUUUUAGUGAGGCUAUCAUGAAAAAGCUAGGUUGCAAGAAGGUGCGGACAUUUCAGGAGCUACAGGAUAUGACUCUUGAAGAAUGGUCUGAGUUGCUUAUUCAAGUAGCUGGUUUCCCUGUGGCUGAAGUGCAAGAUGUGGAGAAGGUUCUUGAAAUGAUGCCUGCCUUGACACUUGAAGUUACAUGCUAGACUGAAGGGGAGGAGGGCAUACAAGAGGGUGAUAUUGUCACAAUUCAUGCUUGGGUGACGCUGAAACAUUCCAAUGGCUUGAUUAGUGCCCUCCCUCAUGCCCCUUACUAACCAUUUUCCAAGGAAGAAAGUUUUUGGUUUCUGCUUGCAGACCCCAACUCAAAUAAUGUCUGGUUUUCCCAGAAGUUUGGGUUCAUGGACGAAACUACAGCUAUAAUUGCUUCUUCGAAAGCAAUAGAGGUGCUCAUGCAAUGGAAGGGGUUACCUCCAUUGGAAGCUACUUGGGAGCCUUACCUUUUGAUCUAGCAAUAAUUUCCUACUUUUCACCUUGAGGACAAGGUGAAAGUGCGGGAGGGGAGUAAUGAUAGGCCACCAGUGUACCAGGCCUACCAAAGACGCCACAAACACAGCAACAUGCAUGAAGGUUAGAAUAGGGAAUUAAUUCAUGCAGGUUGUUACAACCAGCAUGUGCGCAUGAGGGGUAGUUUUGUAAUCCACAUGCUGAGGGGACUAUCUGCAUGUGCAAGGGAAUUCGGUUAGAAAAGGGGGGAGAGGAGAGGUAUAAAUAGCUGAGAAGAAGAGGGAGAGGGUGGUUGGUUUUUGAUAGAAGAAUUGGGAGAGUAAGGGCCUCUUGAAUGCCUUAGAUUG